GAUAUGACGGGGUGUCUGUGGGAUAUGGAAGAGAGAUGCUCGGCUUCGGUGAUGAACAUCUGGGCUACGUCGGACAGCCUCAAGCGAGCCUAGGAGUAGCACCGGCGCAUGCCCUCGAUCCCCAUCUUCAACCGCACCUCGCAAUGGACCCGCGCUACGGCUCUCCGGCGAUGUGGGGGAACGCGAUGGGGUAAACGUGGCCAUGUGAUGGACCUGCAGUCCGCGUUUUUGUUUGGAAACGACGAAGAAUAUGUGCUCCGCUCGAUAUGCGUUGCAGCUCGACAUUGCCUACGGGCAAUCAUAGAAAGCUUCCUUCUGUCGCAACGACAGUGCUGGUUAGGAACGAUGAACGACCUCAACAGCAGUGGUCGAUAUGCGUAAUCCGUGAUAUGGCCGCCCGCCGUGAACUCUUUCAGGUGCUUGGCAAGCAGGAAAUCCGGAAAGCCUUGAGGACGCACCGCUAGUCGCUUGUACUUACUUUCUCGCUGGUUCCUUGUUUUCUUUAUACUUCUUCUUUGGUGUUACUUUUGUCGAUAUUUCCUUCUUUCCGCUGUGACUUGCCUCAGAUGAGCUUGAUACUUGUUCCUCGCGGGUGUUCGACUGAACACCGUUGUACUAUACUUACUUAUUUUCUCUUGAAAGCGCCCAGGAGCGCAAACGAUAUCUUCAAUGUCAAAGUAAAUAUCUGCUGUUC